GAAAGAUCUGCGAGACGACUGCUUGACUGCGAGGUGUCUGUGCCACGCACAUGGGGCCAUCUAUUCGUACGUCUGAACUCUGAACCUCAUCAAACGAGCGUUGAAUAGCGUUGCACACCAGCGCUUCGUCACAUCGCACACACACAGAGUCUUGAGCGCUUUCCCCUCUGACCAUGACACUGACAUUCUCUGGCUGCGUCCAGUCGAAUGCUGUGCUCGCCUGCCUCAAACACUCACUGGCUUCUCCUAAGAUUACGAGCCGCAGCUCUGACAGCUCCCUACCGUCAGUGCGCUGCUGUCACCCCAAACUCCUCAACUAAUAGACCAGAUAAAUCCUUUCUAUCGGACAUUUGUAGCAGGAAAAGGUCAAGCGCAACGGACAGCGAUAUGUCCCGCGAGAGAGGGUUCAUCAUUAUCGAAGCACCAUUUGCCAUGCACGUCAAUUCAUGGCGCAGGACAGACGAGUCCCUACAAUGCAAUAGGGAAACAGGCUACUCUGCUGUUGUCUUCUUUUGACCCGCCCACGUACUUCCCUCGGAAUUUUGGGUUGAGCUUGCAAUAGAUUCGGCCGGCAUGAACUAUUAUUUCCGUCUCUC